AUGGCUGUAGCAGCAGCCACAGUGGAAGCAUCCGAGCAGAGGCGCCGUGGCAUCAGCACCACGAGUGACCACAGUGGGCUGUCCCCCCAACGAGGUGCGCGGCCGGGCCAGGGUGCUACUCAAGACAUCUUGGAAAUGGCCUUGGCGGAGGAAGGGAUCAAGGACUCCAUCCAGAUGAGGUUCGCCAAGAAUUCCAGAGAGCGGGCGGAGACUCAUUGGCAUCGACUUGCGGACGAGGAUGAGGAGGACGAUUUUGGUUGGGAUACGGACGACAGCGUUGGACAUGUGCAGAAUAUCCCGGAAGUUGGUGGAGAUGGCAGCCUGGCAGGGUGCACCAUGGCAGUCACAUCUGGCCGUGCCAAGGUGACCUUGGUGACCCGCCUAUCUGUGGCGGACUCCGCUGAGGAUUUGCUUCCAGCACAGUUCCGAGCACCUUGGCGAAGGCAGACGUCGAUGAGGCCCUUGGGCGCUUGCGCGACAUACUACAGGAGAGACAGCCUCGCUUCCCUGCAGAUGUGGCUCACCACUACGAGGUUAGUAGAACUGAGUACUCAAGCUGCAGCUGCCAGCUUGGUGGAACUCCUGUCACUGGCCACACAAAGUAGCAGCGACUGGACGCAGCCGGCAGGUCUGAGGUUCAAGCUGUGCUCCAGUUACACCUUCCUUAAGACGGAGGAGAAGGAUGUCCAGGUUGGCACGGCCCAAGUCCAAGAAUCCGAGUCGGUGCUCGGGAACUGGCGCUCCACAGUACGCAACACGGUCAAGGUGACAGAGCACCUGUGGAAUCACAGCAGCCACUGGCAUCUCAACGACACCCAAGGCACCUUGCUUCAUGGUUUCACAGGUGAGUUGUUGAAGACCCUGGGCGACCGCUCCCAAAACGCGCAAAACGCGCCCACAGCGCCUGCACCUAGCAGCUGCGAGACGGAAGAGCUGUCCAUGCGCUGGUUGAGGGAUGGUGUGCACUUCGCGGUGAAUCGCUCCUCACCGGACUGCCGCACUCCGUCGGUGAAUCUGCAGACCCAGGCUGCGUUGGAUUUCUUCGGCCAACUAGAGACCUUUGCCGGGAAAAGCGAAGAAACUUUGCUGCGGCACAUGACAUCAGGUGAAGCUCAAGUCCUUCCACAGCUUCAAGGAAAGGUCUUUAAGCCUGUGCUGGCCUUGUUUGCCAUGGAGAACGCAUCCAAAGCAGUCCUCACGGCGGACCUUCCCAUGGUGCUCAGUUUCUACCGCCGGAGUUUGGCCGAGAAACUCGAGGAAAAUGACAGGAUGUUUGGUGCCAAAGUUGAAACCUCCUUGAUUCGAUUAAGCUUGCUGUUGGCCGAGAUGAAGAGCCUUGCGAGGCAGAUGCUGUCAUCGGUCAAAGCUCUGGAAGGCUUGCUACAUCAACAGCUCACCGCUGCGCUGGGCAAACAAAUCCGAAGUCGCGAUUUCAGCGAGUACAUGGACUUCCACGGUCGCCUCAUUUUGGGUGAAGGCUUUGCGCCUGAGCCCUUCGUUUACGCCGUGCGACGGCCUGAUCACCAUCCAGAAGGCACCAUUAGCAUCGAAUCCGGCUUCGUCAGUAUGCCCAGUGCUAUCCGCACCUUCACACUGCACCGGAGGGAGGCUCCGACCAUGAGAGUGCAGUUGAACUCUGCAGCCACGGUCACGUUGCAAGGGGAGCACUUUGUGCACGCAGCCAUUUUUCACCGCUUUGCGAGGGAGCCGGAACAGGAUGCUGGAUGGGAGUUACGCCUGGUCGCCCGUGCGCGACAACUUAGCAGCUUCGUGCUGAUGGUUGGCAAGAUCGCGGCUGCAGUGCGGACAUCGCUGGGCACAUCCUUGAUGAUCCGUGAGGACUAUUAUGAUUAUGACGGCGGCUACGAUCAUGGCAGGCUGAAUCUGCCUUUCGUUGGACACACCACCUUUGGGAAGUACCCUCCUUUCACCGACUGGACGCAGCUGGCGUCCGCCUCGGCGGACUUCGCUGUGCUGGGAGUGCCCAACGACAUGGGGACGCAGUACCGCUCGGGGGCGCGCAUGGGGCCACGGGGCAUCCGCGAAGCGUCCACCUUGUAUCAGUUUGGCCACAAGGAGGUCUAUGAUUCAGACACAGGAGAGACGUACAGCUAUGGUUCGGUCGUGGACGUUGGAGAUGUGGACAUCGUUCACACGGAUCAAGUGCUGUCGCUGAAUCGCACCCAAGAAGCUGUUGAGGCCAUCCUGCGUGCGCAGCUGACGCCCAUGAUUUUGGGCGGCGACCACGCCAUCACGGCACCGGUCUGUGCUGCCCUGGCGGUGCUGCAGAAACCGCUGGUCGUGGUGCAGAUUGAUGCCCAUUUGGACUUCGUGGACCAACGUCAUGGCGUGCGCUUUGGCCAUGGCAACUCUAUGCGACGAUGUCUGGAGAUGCCCCGCAUCUCCUCCAUGUUUCAGCUGGGUAUCCGUGGCGUCAGCUCCACCGCCAAAAGCGGCUUCGAGGACGCGAAGACCAUGGGCUCCACGGUGCUGAGCGUGCGGAAGGUGCGCGAGCUCGGAGUUGCCUCAGUGGUGGAGCGAGUCCCUUCUGGAUCUUUGGUGUACAUCAGCAUCGACAUCGACGGUCUGGAUCCUUCCAUCGCCCCCGGGACUGGAACUCCCAGUCACGGGGGUUUUCUCUACUAUGAGGUUAAGGACCUCUUGCGGCUGCUGAUCUCCCGCACGCAUCUGGUGGGUUUGGAUCUGGUGGAAGUCUCGCCACCUUACGACGUUGCGGGGGUCACCACCACCCUGGCAGCACGCCUGGUGCUGGAUCGAUUUGAGCCGAGUGCUGCAUUGAUCAUACAGAACAAGGACGACUUGGUGAUUCCCCUGCUGCUGGAGACAGUGCCGACACCCAAGGAAUUCAUUGAUUCGAUACAAUCAUUGUCACCAGAACAACAAAGAUUUGCUCAAGCGUUUCGAAAAAUGCAACUGUCUAGUUCGUUAUUUGCCGUUGCAGUGGUGCAGAUCAAGCCUUUGUUGGCAACUUGGAGAAAAGGCGCGGCACUCUGGCUGGGGGCAGCGUUCCCAGACGUAGGUGCUGAAUCUGCCGGAGUUCUCGUUGACCAAGGCAAUACGAGGGAGAACUGGGAGAUUCAGCUGACCCAAGACCUCAUCGAGUUGUUCGUUCGCUACCAGGUCCCCCCAGAUCUGAUGUCGUACGACGAAGCACACGGGAGCCGGCCGGAGAAGCUGAACCGCGUGAGCACGGCCGAGAAGCUGAAACAGGUGAAGGAUCAUGUGGAAGCACUUUGGCAGACCAUUGCGGCCUCCAAGAGUAAACAGCUCAAAGAGACGCAGGAGGAAGCCAAGAUGCGGAACAUGCAGAAGUGUGGGGCAGAGGAGUGUCCCAACAUUGUUCCGAUGAGUCGUGGAGCUCGUGGAGCGGGAGACGCUGAGCAUGCUGAGAUGAGACCGAGAAAGCUCGCCACGGACCUCGCCACGAACUACCAGGAGUCGCGCCAAAAAAAACGGAGCAAUUUCCAGAAGAGAAAGGGUCGGGAAAAGAUAGACAUUGUGGCCACAAAUGACUUGGCCACCAGCAACGAGGCUGGUUUCAAGCCUUUGUAA